AAGCCGUAAUUAUCUCUAUUUUCUCAUUCUCAUUGGAAAUGAGCCUUUUGAUAAUACGAGUUAAUUUCAAUCAGAGCCUUGCCGAUUUACUUAAUAUCAUUGUAUAAUGCACGUGGGACACAAUCGGAGUUAUGCGAUGAAUACAACAGGUAUAUGGAGUUUAGAAAUAUACUUCUAUACUCCCUGAACAGGUCACCAGUUUUCGCCAGUGUAAAUAUUGACACAAAAUAAUACCUACAUGUAAAAAUGGAGAAUGGAGAACAGCAUUUAAAAAAGGAACCCAAUAAAGGGUUUCUAGAUGACAUUAAAAAGGAAUUCAUUGUAGAAGAAGUCUUUAAUGAUAGGCGAAUUGGGGAUGGAAUAGUGAAAGCAAAUAAUGACGAAGUACUUCAAAAUCAGCCCACAAUAAUCGAGGAUGCAGUAGAGAAUAUUAAAAAGGAGUUUAAUUUAAAGGAAGUUCUCAGUGAUAAGUCAAAAGAAGAUAUAGUUGAGGUAACAGAUAAGGAAAAAUGCCCUAGCGAGGAGCACACAGCAGUAAAAGAAGUUAUAGAGAAUAUGAAAAAAGAGAAUGAUGUAAAUGAUAUAACCAAUGAUAGAUCAAAGGAAGAGAAUAUAGAGGUGAUGGAAGAUGAAGGAAAAGGUUCAAUUAAAGAGAUCAAUUCAGUCAAAGAAAUAAUAGAUAAUGUGAUCAAUAAAAGUUUAACACAGAAAUAUGAGCAAAAAUCAGAUGAAAGGCAUGUAGCAGUCAAAGAUUUAGUAGAUAAUAUUAAAAAAGAAGUGCUUGGUGAUAUUCCAAAGAAUAUAGAGGCAGAAGCUAUGUGUUUAAAUGAGGAAGAAGCAGUAAAAGAUAUAAAAGUGGAGAAUAGUCAAAUGGACGUACUCAACGACAAUCUAAAGGAUUUAGGAAAUGCAAAAUGUGUUAAAGAUGGGGCAGAGUCAGAUGAUCUGUAUGAAGAUGUGCUCCGAGCUUUGAUGGACCCAAGUUUGGCGAAGGAUGAGGUUGAGCCGGAAUCCGUGCUGCAGGCUAUGAUGGUGUCUGCUGUUCAAGAUUGCUGCAACAGGGCCUGCUCGGUCCGCCUGGAGCGGCUCGUGGUGAACGCAAGACAGCGCACCUGCCGCGUCGGCCGUCGCCACUACAAGCUCGGCCCUCUCUCUACCGGAUACCACCUCCGGCGCUCCCGAACAAACCCCCGCACAAACACUUCCGAACGACUUAACAAUGCUGUAGUCAAGUACCAGUGCAACGACUGUGGCAAAAGUUUCAAAACUAAAAACCUUUUAAGCAAACAUAUACACACUCAUUCUCGACACGUUCGUAAUUCAAAUGGUAAAUUUGUCUGUGAUUUCUGCGGUACCACAUUUGAUAAUAAAGUAGGCGUUGUAAAGCAUGAGAAAAAACAUGGAGUUAUCAGUUUCAUGUGUUCAGAAUGCGAGUUUACAACAGAGAACAAGAAAACUUUACAAGCGCAUGUCAAAAGUCAUUCUGUUAAUGGCGUUUUUUAUUGUAAGCAAUGUAGCUACAAAAGUCCUAGUAUAGCCGUUUUACAAAGACAUAAAGUAAUACACAGCAGUGAGAGACCUUACGCAUGCGGCCAAUGCGAUUUUAAAACCAAAAGAGAACGUGCUCUUAAACAUCACCAGCUCGUGCACGCGACAGAGAAACAAUAUAGCUGCGACAUUUGCAACUUCAAAAGUAAAAGAAAAGAAUACUUGCGAAGUCACAGUGUUGUGCAUACCGGUGAGAAACGAUUUGAAUGUCAUGACUGCGGGUACAAAUGUUAUGCAAAAAGUGAUUUACGUAAACAUAUUUUAACCCACACUGGACAGAAGCCCUAUGGAUGUACUCACUGCGACUAUAAAAGUAGUCGCAUGUCGUCUUUACGACUUCACCAAUUGACACACUCUGGAGAUAAACCUUUUGCGUGUAAAACAUGUAACUAUAAGGGUAAAAGGAGAAUAGACGUGAUUAAACACGAAUUGAUACACUUAACUGAUAAUCCCUUCAAAUGCAGUCACUGUGCUUUCACGUGCAAGCAGAAAUGGCAAUUAAAAAAACAUGAACACACCGGUGAGAAAACAUUCAACAACAUAAAGCCUUUUAAAUGUAGCUACUGCGAUUAUGCGACAGCUGUUAGAAAGACCUUACAAAUUCACGAAAGGAAGCACACCGGUGAAAAACCAUUUAAAUGCAACAAUUGCGACUACAAAUGCAGCACGAAAAGGGGCAUUCAAGAACAUCAGAAAGUGCAUACAAAUGAAAAAUUGUUCAAGUGUGCUCAUUGUCCUUAUACUUGCAAAUGGCAAAAAACCUUGAAACACCACAUGAUGACCCACACGGGUAACGAAACUUAUAAAUGCGACUUUUGUGGUUAUAAAUCUUCUCUGCGUAUAGAUAUGGAUAGGCAUCUACUGGUUCACACAGGAGAGAAGCCGUUUCAGUGUAGUUACUGCGCGUUCCGGUGCACGCGCAAGACUCACUUGAAGAGUCACGAGAUGAUACACACGGGGGAAAAGCCUUACCAGUGCACCCUGUGUGAAUUCAGGUGCCGACACCUAUCAGUUCUCAAACGUCAUAUCCUACUACACACUGGGGAAAAACCCUUCCGCUGCGAAGAGUGUGGGCACAAGACUCGCCAGAAAGUAGACUUGUUAAGGCAUGUCAGGAAAUACCAUGGAGAGGGGUUGUAUGAGUGUGGAGUGUGUGGGUUUAAGGGGACAACGGAGGCAGAUGUUAAUGUUCAUAUGAAGACACACAACACGUAUGAAAUUGAAACACAUGAAACGUUUGAGAUGGAAAUACAGAGAGAUGAUUCAUAUGAUAUGGAAGUCGAUCCAUUAGAAGACAAUAAGGUCUGAAUGCCCGCUCAUAUUGGGCGUGUAGCAAAAUCAUUAUGACAGCAUGUCAAAAUUCAAAUUUGAAUAAAUCUUUGUCAAGGUCAUGCAUUUAAGGGUUAAAUUAAUAAUAAAUAAAUAUUUGGGACA